AUGUUGACAAGGUCCAAAACUCGCUCAUCAAGGCCAAGAGCAUUAACAGCCACCAUUUUUUCUAACAAUUUUUUUGAACAACCUCCAAAAUCAACUGCUGCUACUCUAAAAAUUCCUCAUUGGCAUCACGCUACGAAUGAUGAAUUUAAAGCCUUGAUGAAGAAUAACACUUGGACCUUGGUACCAACACCUUCUAAUGCUAAGGUUAUUGGGAGUAAAUGGGUAUUUGCUAUUAAAAGACAUGCAGAUGGGACUGCCAAAAAAUACAAAACUAGAUUGGUAGCCCAGGGUUUUCACCAAUCAGAAGGCUUUGAUUUUGACCAGGUGUUUAGCCCUGUGCUAAAGUCUGCAACUAUGAAACUUAUAUUGAGCAUUGCAGUGUCCAAAAACUAG